UGCGCACACAGUCCACACUCUUGAGUCUUGAGUCUAGACAGACAGAGACAAAAAGACAGCGGUGAAACUAGGUGAGUAGGUGAUAUAGCCCGAAACCAGUCGCCGAGAUCCGAACGCCACUGGAUCCAGAUCCUAAUUGCUGAAUGGGAGGUGCGGAAGCUGUGAAUCCUUCUUCAAGUCUGUGGCUGGCUCCAAAUCCGAGCAAGAGAUGGGCGGAGCUUUUCUUCCUUUCCUACACUCCAUUCUGGCUCACGCUGUGUUUGGGGAUCGUGGUUCCGUACAAGCUGUACGAGAGUUUUACAGAAUUGGAAUAUUUGCUUGUGGGGAUGGUUUCUGCAGUUCCUUCUUUUGUAAUACCUAUGGUAUUUUGUGGAAAGGCUGAUAGCAGUAUCUCUUGGAAGGAUCGUUAUUGGGUCAAGGCUAGUCUGUGGAUACUCAUUUUUAGCUAUGUUGGGAAUUAUUUCUGGACCCACUACUUCUUUACUGUUCUUGGAGCUUCUUAUACCUUUCCAUCAUGGAAAAUGAAUGAUGUACCACACACAACAUUCCUUCUCGCCCAUGUUUGCUUCCUAUUCUACCACGUUGCAUCAAACAUGACAUUACGCAGAUUAAGGCACGCGACUGCUGACUUGCCUGAUAAAGUUCGGUGGGCUACUGAGGCUGCAUGGAUUUUAGCUCUGUCUUAUUUCAUGGCAUACUUGGAGACCAUUGCUAUUUCCAAUUUCCCUUAUUAUGAAUUUGUGGAUCGGACAUCCAUGUACAAAGUUGGGUGCUUGUUUUAUGCCAUUUACUUCAUAGUAAGCUUCCCGAUGUUUAUGAGGAUUGAUGAGAAACCAGGUGAUUCGUGGGACUUACCAAGAGUGACUGUGGAUGCUCUGGGUGCUGCAAUGCUGGUCACCAUAAUACUUGAUUUGUGGCGCCUUUUCUUGGGACCUAUUGUUUCUCUCCAAGAAACAAAACAGUGCCUUCAACCUGGCCUUCCAUGGUUUCAGGGACAUGCAAAUGAAACCUGACAACAAGUGCUGAAAACAUAGUUUUAGUUUCAUGGCAUAGAGGAAAUGGAGUUUUACAAUUGUAACUUAAACUGUAGUUUAUCAGAUCUUACUUGUUUUCAAAAGAUCAGACAUUUGGAUGAUAAUGCAAAUGGUAAACAUAUUGAGUGGCUGUUGAUGGUGACUCUGGUUUGGUUACUUAUUUGAAACCCAUUAGAAGGUAAUUCUGACUGA